GAGGGUAUGGGUGGAGUAUGGCUUAAAAUACAGAUUAAAUGUAUAGGGAGCGUGUUCGGUGCUUCCUGCGCCGGCUUUGGCUGAAGGAGCUGGAAUAAAAGGCUGCGCGCCGGGAAAGUUUGUCCUGAAGCUGCGCUCUCGGCGUCUCGGACCUUCAGCUCUAAAAUGGCUGGCUGGAGGUCCGAGGAAAGUCCGGCGCGAAGGGAAGGACACGCUCGCCGCCGAGGCUGCGUGUAAUAGACGCAAUUCUCUGCACCGCGUGACGCGUCGUCCCAGGUCCGAGCGCUGUCAAAGCGCACACGCAGCUGCAGCAUACAUCCGCGCUUCGGACCUAGGACUGUGCGUAAUGGCGUCUUCCACGGACAGUUUUUUUUUUCUCUUAGAUUAUCUCCACACACAUUUUCUAAUGCAUCAUGCAAAAUAGACGGUGGGCGAAGAGCACGCGGAUGCGUUUGGGAAAUGACAGCUUUCAGGAAAUAUAAAUAGGUAUGCCCCAAAAUGGACUCUCAGUUGGCCUCAGUCCUGACCAGUGGCAGCCUGGGAGUCCAAAAUGGCAGCCAGUGUGGAAAGGAUGCAGAGGAUGGGACUGAUGUCUUUUUGGACCCAAAGGAUAUAAUCCUGCCCAGCACCAAACCAGGUAACCUCAAGUCCUGCUCUGUCAAGGCAGCUCUGACCAUCAGGCAAGAUGCUCAAUCAAUCAAUGGGAAAAAGCCAGAAGUGGGCGGGACUACUGAGCCAGCUACUCAAGAAGAUGGUAAGAUUGGUGGGUUCAGGCAGCCAAUUACAGUAAAGACAAGAGUGCCGGCUCUGCAAAAGCAGCCAAUAAGAAUCAAAAUUGUUGUUCCUCAACAUUGCAAGAAGCAAAUCACAAACUCUACCAUCAGCCUGACCAAAGACUUUGCUGGCUCACAGUUUAAACGACCCGUCUUGGUCUCUGCUGCAGCAGAAAAAAGCAGAAAUCAAAUUCACAUUUCUGCUGAUGAAGAUGGAGACACGCAUCAAAAAAACAAGGAAAAAACUGAAGUGGGAUCUUCGGGAGAGAGGGGGGCUAUUGUGAGUAAAGAGGGAGAUGUUUUGGAUGUGAAGAUUGUUCACAUGGACAGACCAGAGGGCAGUUUUAUCUCCAGCAUUAAUGCCGUAGAGAUCCUGAGCCACCAGAUGAUUAAAGAGGACACAACAGAGGGCGAAACUGAGCAAAAUAUUCCUUUAAUUCUGCACGAAAUAGACUUGAAGUCUUGCACAGCAUUUAAUGAGGUGGAGGAACAGACAGAGCCGCUGGACCUGAGUUUGCCUAAGAAAAGAGAAAGCCGUGAGAGGAGGGGGGGAGGUUUCCUGGAUGAGCAAUACUGUGAGAGCUCACUAAUCAUGGAGGUGGAUGAAUAUGAGGGAGACGGAGACAGAGACAUGGUGGAGGAGGACGAGGAUGAAGACUCUGAGCUGCGUCUGAGUGGGAAAGACACACCUGGAGAACCCCUGCAGUCUCUCUCUGUCCUUUCAGCUGAUGUCCUUUCACCUCUCCCUUCAGAGGACUGUGACACGAAAAACAUCCUUCUCAUCGAUGACCAGGGAAUUCCAUACACUCUUAGUCAAGAUGGAAUCAAAGUGCCGCAAGUGGAUGCUUCCAUGCCGGAAGUUGUUCAGACUGACUUACCAGAGACAGAAGAUAAGAGGACAUCCCUCUCACCCACAUUGGCAAGUCCAAGUCUCAGUCAACAUUUAGAUACAGCACUAAAUGCACCCUUGAGUGACUUCUACGCCCCAACUUCCCCUGUCUGUGAUCUGUCCUCCCAAACGAGCGAUCAGUUCAAAGCCUCCGAAGUCCUCACAGGUUUGAUGGCAAACUCUGAUCUAUCAGAUGCUGCAGAGUUGAAGGUUAAAGCUGCUCAGGACGAUAGUGCAGUUUUGUCCACUUCUUCUGGGAUGUCAUUCCCCACCCCACCCAUUCAGAUCCUUGCAAAUCCAUCUGCUAAUGCUCCACUUCUCUUCCUGUCAUCCUCUUCGUCCCCCUCCUCCCAGCUCUCCACAGCUCCAGCUGGCCUCCCGCUACCCAUUCCUGUUCCUUCAGGUGGUGCAUCCACCCCUGUGUUCCUGCUUCUCUCCUCUGUACCAUCCUCAACUGGAGACGCCACCUCCACCCCUGUCGCAGUUCUGGACCCUUCAACCGGUCAGUUCUCCCAGAUUACAGCUGCUGCAGCUCCAAUCUCCCUUCCUUUGUCCUCAGGACAGGUCAAUGCUCUGGGAUCCCCCCUACCCAUGCUGUCUCACCCUCUCAUCCUGUCAAACAUGAACAACGUGACCUCCGGUCCUGUUCUCACCUCACUCGCUGUCCCUUCAACCGCUCUUGCACUGCAGGAUGAACACCAGAAGGCAGCUCCUCUAAUUCAGGCUCAGAUGAGCUCCUCUGAAUCAAACCCUGGAAGUGAAGCCAUAUCUGCCGAGGAUGUUUCAAGUGAAACCGAUAAGCCAUUGACUUUUGCAGCAUCUCCUCUUCAGUCUCAGUUAGCAACAUUUGACUCCCUGUCUCAACCCACUUUGGAGGCCCAAUCGCCACCCUCCGACUCCAAAUUUGACUCAUCAGACCUUCCCUCUGAACACUUGCCUCUGGAUGACCAUCUCUACUUCUCCAAUAUGGCUCCCCCUUCCCCGCCCAUUGGACCAAUCCUGUCUUCAGGCAAACUUGAUUCCCUCGAUCCCCUGGACCCUCUCUCGCCUGGUGAGGCUUCCAACAGCCUGGGCUCCCGCAGGGUGCUGUGCUGCCAGUUGUGCCCUCGGAUCUUCUUUUACCUCUCUGAUCUUGAGCGCCACGCCAUAACUCAUUCACAGAAGAAGCCUCAUGUUUGCCAGCAGUGCGGCAAAGCCUUUAAACGUUCCAGCCAUCUGCAGAGACACAAGCACAUCCACACGGGCCAGAGGAACUUUGUUUGCUCCAUCUGCACUAAGCGCUUCAGGGAAGCAGGUGAGCUCCAGCGCCACCAAAGGGUGCACACCGGGGAGAAGCCCUACCAAUGCCAGCUUUGCCACACGCGCUUUGCGGAGCGCAACACCCUGCGUCGACACACCAAACGCAAGCACCCUUACCAUCAGGUGGCUCUGGAAAUGCUAAACAAGAGAAAGGACAAAGGAAGCAACGCAGGAGAAGCAGGAGGCAAAGCGGGAGUGCAGGAGGAAGAAGACAGCGCCGAAUGGUACAGCUCAACCGUGUCCACUCUGGAGAAGUCUGAGUCGGAGACAGAAAGUUAACUCUCUCGAAGAACGGAGUUGUUCUCAGAACUACCCGUUCAACUGUAGUUAUGCUCUGAACAAUAACACUUAAGGGAGUGCUUGCAAUAUUUAUUUCAGUUUUUAAAGGCUGUGUGUUUGUGUGAAUGUACACGAUCUCACGCCUUUUAAAGGGCCACAAGAAAACCUUUCCUAGACUGAAGAGAUUCUGAUUUAAAUUUUCUGCAAAAGCAAAAGAAACUGCAUUUAGAAACGGGACGUUCAUAUUAGCCCCAAAAGAUUUUUAAACAACCCCACGAUGAGACUGCAUUUCCAUGCAAUCUGUUUUAAACCAAGUGCUCAAAAAGAAAGAAAAAAUGAAAAAGUCAUGUUUAGUCUAAAAUCUUUGCUUGUAAAUUUAAAGAGAACUAGUUUUAAGAGUUAUACUAAUGCACUAUCUCAUAAGAAAGAUGAAAUCUUUCCUGCCGUCGAAGACACUGUGAGUCAUUUGCACUUGUAUUUGAUUUAAGCUCAAAGUUUAGUUUUUUACGUUGUGAACGAAGAUGCUUUCCUAAACUUUUUUUGUUGCACGUUAAUUUGAUGUAUUUAUUCUAUUUCAUGUAAGAUUUUGACCAUUUGUUUUUGAGUUAUUUUAACAUAAACUAUAAAUAUACACAUUUAAAAGAAAAGUAUAAAUUAACUUGUUGGAAUAAAUUUUUUUGACAUCUAUAAAUUGUUGCAUUCAUUUAAGUUUUUUGUUUAAUCUCCUAAACUUGAAUAAGGAUAUAAUCUCUCUUUGCACUGUCUCAGUGAUUUUGCUUCAUGAAGGCUACAAGAAAAGCUUGAAGUACUACAUUUUUUAAAUUAACAAACAUCAUUCCAGCCCUUUUUUUUCUUGUGUUUCUGCUGCUUAUUGUUCAGAGGGCAACACUGGUCUGUUGUGUAUAAAGUUUGUCCAGCUCGGAUGACAGAGUUACUGGAGAGAGACGUGAACAAAAAGGGAUGCUUUUUUUCUUAAAUUAAAGUAUUUUUUGCAGUAAACCUACAGACAUGCUUAACACUGUUGCACCCUUUGACAGGGAUUUUAAGGGUCUGAUGAUUCUAAAAAAUGGACUGAAAUGAUACGUUUACUUUCUCAAACCAAUCAAUGCGUUAACAUAUGUACCAGCACUUUGUGUUUUGAUAAAAUAUGGUUUGGCUAAAACAAAUUGGAAAUAACCAUCCAAUGAUGUAAAGAACUAAUCUGUGUGGAAAAACUAGGAAGAUUCAUCAGAAGCUUUAAUUAUUUCUUGAUGUAACUAAACCACACAUCCUAAAUACAAGAAAUUGAUAGAUAGAAAGCAACAAUUAGUAAAAAACAAUGAAACAGACAACCCCCCCAAA